AUGAACGAUCAGUCUCAGAUGAUGAAUCAAUCGAAAAUGGCGAAUCAGUCGCAGAUGAUGAGUAUCGGACAGCCGUUGCCGCCUGUGAUGAGUCAGCCACAACAGGUAAUGAAUAACCAGAACCCUCAGAUGUUUGUGAACCAGUUGAUGAAUCCUUCGCAAAUGAUGGUGAAUCAAUCGUUGAACCACCGUGGUGGUGGUGGUGGUGGCUAUGGCAUGUGGCCUCCGCCGCAAGUGGAUCAACUCAAGUUCCAAAACCUUAACAUGAAGCCUUCUGGACUUCCUUCGUCUUCAUUGAAGUCUAUGGGACCAAGAAACAACAAGAAUUGGAAGGGGAAGAAAGGAAAUGACAAAUGGAUCAAUAACAACAACAACAACCGGAAGGAAUUACCGGUGAUGGGCGGAGGUGGUAGUCUUAUCAACAACACCGGCGGCGGUGGGGCUGGAUAUAACCCCCCUACGCUUAACGAACUACAACAACAGAAUCGUUUGAAAGCUAGAAGAUACUUCCCGAAGAAGAAGUUCAAUCAUAACGGCAGAUCCGCUCCUUUUGCUCCAAGAAACACCACAUCGUUUCUAAUCCGCGCCAAAAAAGCCGGCGGCAUUACAUCUCUAGUAUCACCAUGUCCGGUAACACCUGCUGUUCUACCCACCCCGAUUUUCUCUCCAUCCAGAGAAGUUUUAGUAGACAUGGCGAAAGAAGAGUGGGGUGUUGAUGGGUAUGGAUCAAUGAAAGGGUUAAUCAGACUUAGAUCAAAUGAAGCCGAAGCACCUGAAGAAGAUGAAGAAGACGAAGGUGGGUCAAGUGAGAGUGACGUUGAAGAACAUGUCGAGGUAGAAAGGAGACUGGAUCAUGACUUGAGCAGAGUUGAUGAUCAAGAUACACAUAUAGCUCAAUUGGAAGAAGAGAACCUGAUACUGAAGGAAAGAUUGUUCUUGAUGGAAAGGGAGUUUGAUGAUUUGAGGAUGAGAUUGCAGUGUUUGGAGAGACAAGGAAGGGGAGCUGAAAGAUUGAUCGAAGAGGUUGUGGAGAAUGAUUCUGAAAAUGAAAGUGAAAGCAGAGGGUAUGGAAGAUCAAUGGAGGAUAACAAUGAAAGAAGUCAAUGUUCAGAGGAUAAUAACAAUGGAGAUAAUAAUAAUAAUACUGAAUUAAAGCAAUCAGAUAGCAUUGAAAAGGGUGUUCAGACAAUCGAAGAUGUAAAGGAAAACGAUGACAAGAAGAAUGAAGUGUCUGAAGAAAAUGGUAAAGAUGAAGUUGUAAAGGAGGAAGAAAGAGUUGCAGAUAUGGUGUUAUGA